GCUGGCUUGGGUACCAGUGUGGUCCAAUUAUUGCCUACUGACGUGCAUGCAAACUCUAGUGCAGGGCGUUUCCGCAUUGUAAGGAAGUCUAAACAUGGCCGCCACAUUGAGGCCCUACUUACAGGCCGUCAGGGCAACCUUACAAGCCUCCAUGUGCCUUGAGAACUUCUCAUCUCAGGUUGUAGAAAGACACAACAAACCAGAGGUAGAAGUAAGGAGUGGAAAGGAGCUUCUGUUAAUGCCAGUCAUAGUCAGCCGCAAUGAAAAAGAGAAGGUUCUAAUAGAGGGUUCCAUUAACUCCAUCCGAAUAAGCAUCAGCAUCAAGCAAGCUGAUGAAAUAGAGAAGAUUCUAUGUCACAAGUUUAUGCGUUUCAUGAUGCUUAGGGCAGAAAACUUCUUCAUACUUAGGAGGAAACCAGUGGAGGGCUACGACAUUAGCUUCCUCAUAACCAACUUCCACACAGAGCAGAUGUUUAAGGAUAAGUUAGUAGACUUUGUUAUCCAGUUUAUGGAAGACAUUGACAAAGAAAUCAGCGAGAUGAAAUUGAGCGUCAAUGCCAGGGCCCGUAUAGUGGCCCAAGAGUUCCUUAAGAGUUUUUGAGAAAUCCCAGAUGCAGCUUAGCACGGACCACUUAGGGGGAGGGGAGACGGGGUUCAUCAUGGCCAUCACCUUGGGGGGGGGGGAAAGAACCCUUGUCAUGAAGGGAGUCGGUGAGACAAAAAAUAGAACUGCGGAACAGCCAAGAUGGGUACAACCUCCUUAUUGAUGGAGCGUAAGAAACAUUCAAGCAGACACUGUUCUUAACCUCAGAGAAAACAAAAUAACUUUCUGGCGACGUAUUUAUCAAAAUAAUUGACAGAGACAACAUUUUCACAGGUUUGUUAUUUGAUGUAUAUUGUAAUGAAUACACUAAACAAGAACACUGUCUGCGCCUAGUUGUCGGCUCUACCAAUCCUGUAUAAUACCACUAACAUUCUUGUGAUUAUUUACGCUAAUUUCACCGAUCAAACCCAGCCCUGCAUUUUGGUUAGAAAACAAUGGCUUCUUAUUUGGAAACAUUUUUGUUAUGUGAGACCUCGUGUUUUGUAGCAAAGAAUUACAUUUUCGUUGACAAUUGUUGGGGAAACAAUUGCCAUGUUUAUGGUUACACAUAGUUUUUGAGAUUCCUUGGUUUUGCCAUGAACAUUUAACGCAACUAGGGGAAAACAAUUUUGGUGGAUUUUUUUUUGUAGUUCUAAUAAAAGGCGAUUUGCAAUACAGUGUGCCCUCUCCAGUUUGGCCGGGACGGUUUUGGCCAUUUUCAAAGUGCAUCAUGGCAAAAUGUGACAAUAUUUUAGUCGUCUUGCAGAAGUAAGAAUUUCUCUGUUUCUGACAUAAGGUGGUGUUUUUUACGAGGCUUGUGAAUGUUUGUCGCAUUCAAGACAGCUGUGUUAAGGCUGAGUCAUACUGCAGCGAAAACGAUAACGCUAAUGACGCAAAGAGAACGCAAUCUAUUGGUUGAAUAGCUCCAUGCAGAAUACGGCCACGCUGAUUCAACCAAUUGAGGGCGUGCAUUUUUAACAUUCUCAUUUUUGUUUUCGUUAUCGAGGCCUGUGUAACCGGGCCUUUAAGGUCCCAAAAUGCCUGUUUGAACUGGAUUGUGUGAUUGCUUUUGGGGAACUGGUCUCACUGGUGUAAACUUAUAGAGGACGCACUGUAUUGUAAAUUGCUUAUUGCUUAUCAAAAACAUCAUGUUAUUUUGGAUAACUCUCUUGAUUUCAUUUUACGAAAUUCCUUAUACAUUACGUGCUGGGCAGAUUGUUAAAUUAAUGGUCAAGAAAACUUGUAAUCAGUUUUGGGGGAAAACUACAAGAAUUUAUGUGAUACUAGUGUGUAAAUUAAAUACAUGUAACUUCUUUAAAUAGAUUAAGUGAUUUUUGUUUUAUUUAAUUUCAAUUUCAGAACUUUAAGUGUAUAAAUAAUUAUUUUCAAAAGUAGAAAAAACGUUGUGUUGUGAAACCAGAAGCAACACAGCGAAAUUAAGUGUUAGAUUAAAAAGUAUGUUUUCUUAACAAACAAAGAUUUGUAAACCUUAAUAUUGCCUGAUAUCUUGUAGACGGAUUGAUGAGGGGUUACCACUUGAUCCUUGCCAUUCUGAAUCCAUCAAAAUCAAGCAGAAGGAUUUGCUCAACUACAAUGGCCAUUUGUAUCCAAACUACGCUGAUUUGGGAUAUACAGGCAUUUUUUACACCACAGUUUGGGCUUGGGCUUGAAUUUUUUUGUACACGUGAUCUGAACACCAAUCCGGGCGUGCAAUUGUUGAGCACUGCGCGUCAUUGCUGCGGUGUCAAUAGAGGGCGCUACCAAUUUUGUUUUGUCUGAUUGUGUGUGGUAGCUUUUGGGGAAUUUUUGAAGGCCUCCAAGGCCAAGACCAGGGCAAAAGAGGCGACGGCCUCUGUGGCUUCCAUGUCAGGGCCCAGUUUCAUAGAGCUGUUCAAGCACAAAAAGUAGCUAAGCACAACAAAAUUAUGCUUACCAGACUAUGGUUACCAACCAAAAUACCAUGUCACUUGCACCAUUUCUGACUGAUAUCCUGCUAAUUGUUGCUAAUCACAAAAUUUGUAUGCUAAAUUGUCUUUGAAAUUGGGCCCAGGCCUCAAUAAGACACCUUGCCUCUGUUUCACUUGCAUUGACUUGUGUGUCAGACCGACCAAGAUGGCUACCGGUUAAGACUUCUAAACAAAGUAAAAGUAAUUUCUGCUCAUAAUUUUGUCAGAACAAAUUUGAAAUUUAACUCCAUGUUCAUGUAUUUUUCAUUAGUUUUUACACUGUGUCUGGUAUUGAAUUGUUGGUGACAUGCUGACAAUGCAUUGCCAAAGAGUAGACUGGUUUGCUGUGCCAAGAAACAAUAUAAUCAUCUAGGAUUGGUAUGUUGGUGACGGCUUAUAGACUAAACCUUUUUUCUUCCCUCGUUUUUAUUAUGUUAACUUCACAUAUUAUUUAUGUAAAGAGAAAAUAGGCUUUCAUUUGUACCACACUAAAAAUGCGGUGUUAUCUUUUAAGGAACAUUUACAAAAAAAAUGGCGCAAUGGAAUAUUGUUUGAUAUUUAUUCUCCAGUAUGUUGUGAGACUACUCUCACUCUUUUGUUUUUGAGAGUAGUCUGGGUACCAUACCAUAUACACAGUGUACUACUCAGGUGAAUGAUAAGAGUAACUGUACAGUAGAUGACUAUUGGGCAGGGUGAAUAAUCAGUGCCCCUGCUUCUUGGCGGUAAUUUAAGUUCCUUGUUUGCUGGAAUUGCAGUUACCUUAGGGAGUUGAACAAAUCUACCAGCAGUAUAACAAACUGCGCCUUGAACACCCAGCAGGGUGGAUAUGUGCGCAUUACAAGUCUUAUUAUUAUUAUUAUUAUUAUUAAUUCUUUUCAAUAACUUGGAUGGUAGAAACGAGAUAACCAAAAAGUGUUGAUAAAUUUCCAUAACUACCAGUUAUAGGUGUGUCAUGUUUGAGCAGUCUAGUGCAGCGAACAUAAGUUCUGGGUCGAUUUCACAAAUUAAUCUGAAGUUGUGUAUCAAUUCUAUUGUUAAGCAAACUGUGAUGUCACAAUACAAAUCUCUAUGGUGAUAAUGACAACUCAUCUUAUGAUGAAUCUAAGUGCUUUGUGGAAUCGCUUUUUUAGUCAACAAAGUGUGGGUUUGAGUCCAGGGCCCAAUUUC